ACCAACAAAACUGCGUCGUUAGGAAGGUUAUGUAGUUCAUUCACAUUUCACGCAUGUGUUUGUAAACUUCGUCGUUAUAUGUAUAUAUAUAUGUAUACACACACUUGUUAUUUACUAUUUACACUGAUGCAAGAAUAGAUAUCUGAUUUUGAAGUGUCAUUUCCUUUUUACAUCAACAAAUCAAAUUGCACGUAAGGAAUAAUAUUACGUGUACUAUUUUUAUAUUCAGUUGAUUAAACAGAAAGAUUUAAAAAAAAAUCACAAUGAGACCGGGUCAAAGAAGACAACCAGGAUUGCAAUAUGGAAUUUAUUUAUUGGGAUUGCAAGCUAUUAAUUUUGGUAUUGACAAAAUUCCUCCAGUAACUUUAUUUGGAAUUGCUGCACAGGCUCUACUUUAUAUGGGCGUUAUUCAAGUUGGAUGGAAUGCAGAAGAAGUUUGUAUAUCAACAUUAAAAAUAUUAAAAUAUCGUGAUUGGCGAUCAUUUUUCGUUUCAAAUUUUGAACAUGGCUCAGAUAUGCAUCUCUAUUAUAAUAUGGCAUCAUUCAUUUUAAAAGGACAUUAUUUAGAGCCAAUGUAUGGAUCAGCUAAUUUUGCAUUACUUUUGGGACUUUUAUCAACAGGAUGUAGUGCAAUGUACGUUAGUUUAGGAUACAUUCUUACUCAAAUAACAGCUGAUUAUUCAUAUUACACUGCUUGUGCAAUUGGAUUUUCUGCUGUUCUAUUUGCACUGAAAGUGAUUGUUGUUUGCGAGGAACAUGACAGAAUGCAUAAUGUUGGAGGAUUUAGAAUACCAAGUAAAUUUGCAGUUUGGGCUGAAUUAAUUUUAAUACAUUUACUUGUACCAAAUGCUUCGUUUGUUGGACAUCUUGGAGGAAUUCUUGUUGGAUGUUUAUAUUGUUACACGUUUAUAGGUGAAAUCAUAGACAGUAAACUUUCUUCAUUAACUGGUAAACCAAUUAUUCAUGAAGAACAAUUUUACAGAAGACGAGGUAAUUUCUUUUCAUUUAGAUGAAUUUU